AUGAAUUCAAAAGUGGCAAAAUUUAACAUUGGACUUAUUGCCAGAAGAUGGUACCUGGAGAAUAUUCAAGAUCAAAAUACACAUAAUGAUUUACAAAAUGAAACUGCUGAAGUAGUAACACAGUUUCAACAAGAUAAUAAUAAUGAAGUUAUAGUUAAGGGUUUGGACAAAUGUCCGAAACGUCUAAUUGUCCAAUUGCCUAACACUGCCCCUAGGUUAUGGCAAGCAAUCUUAGUUAUAGUAGCAGAUUUACAUAUCUUUAAUCAGCUUAGAGUACCAGAAACAUUUACAUCUGAUAUUAAACAAUGUUCACAGAAGAAAGUUAAAUAUGCGUAUGGGUUUGGAAAAAUGAAGAAAACUCUUAACUUAGCACUUGAUAUGGGAUGUAAAAAUGAAAUUAUUGAUAUGAUUAAUGGGUUUAUUGAUCAAAAAAAAGCCAUUAUUAAAGAUACAAAUAUUACAAAUGAUGAGGCGAAUUUUCAGAUUUUGGAUCCUGUGGUUCAGAAACGAUAUGGAUAUCCACCAAACAAACAGAUUAAAUUAGCAUCAGAAUCAAAUUUACGUCAUGUUAAUACAAAAAAUAGUGCAAUUAAUCCAAUUGAUUCCAAUUUAUGUAUACGCGAAGUGCAACAACAAUCUUAG